AUGAGCGAGAGUGAUAUUGAGGUUAUCUACAGGCAGUUGACGAAUUUCUUCCUUUUUCAACUUUUCAAACUGGAUUUCGACCGGAUCGGCAGCCUGCUGUCGCCACAGACUGAAAGCCAAAGCCCUACACCACCACGGCCUUUAACAUUCAAGGCACAAACUAUCCUACAAAAUGGAGGGGUCGAUACUUUCGGUGACCGAGCCAAAGGGUUUGCGACGACAACCGAGUAUUUUCGAUAUGUCGUCGAACAGGAUUAG